AUAAACGCCCAUCCUAGUGUCGCGAAAAAAUUACUUUAAACAAAUUUAACAAACACAUCAAUAAUUGUUAUUUUGCCCAUGAAUGUUCGUACUUUAGUAGUUGAAGUUUAUUACUUAGUAUAUACCUAUUAACCAUCUUCUGAUAUUGUAAGUACAAUUUUUUUGUACAUUAUUUUGUUUUACUAAUUAUUAUCGUCGACGCGGAACUGAGAAGCAGAUAAAAUAUGAAACUUUUAGGUAUUUUAAUAUCAUUUGCAUUGGUUGGAAAUGUUUUGGUCACUAAAUUAGAAGAAUAUAUGAAGGAGGUUAUUUUAACAAACAAAGAAAUUAAGCAAGCUAAAGAACUCAUGCCGGCAAUAAUUAAAAAUGUUAUUGAAAAUUAUCAAGUGUAUGGAAUUGCGAAAAUGUCUUUAAUGAUGGCAGUGCCGGAAGCAAUUGAUGUUGCAUUGGAAGCAAAAGAAGUUUACCCAGAUUCUGAUGAAAAUGAAAACCCAGUUUCCGUUGGCCCUAGUCAAAAUCAAAUUCCAUUAAUAGAUCUUGAUCCAGAUUCCGAAGAAGGCCCUAGUCAAAAUCGAAUCCCAUUUAUAAAUCUUGAUCCAGAUUUCGAAGAAGGACCUGGUCAAAAUCAAAUUCCACUUAUAGAUCUUGAUCCAGAUUCCGAAGAAGAAAAUAUUGAUGGUAACACGAAAGGAGCAGAGAAUAUUGAUGGUACAUUGGAAGGACCAGGCCCUAGUCAAUAUCAAAUUCCAGAUCUAAACCUUGAUCCGUUCACUGUUCCCGAAGAAGAAAUUAAAAAACUAGUUCCUGUUGGUAAAACAAUAGUACAUCUUAAACAAAAGUUAAAGUACCAGAAAAUGGUACAAUUAGAAAUCCUUGCUGUAACAGAUAGGCGAAAGUACGAGCAAAUUAUGGAAGCCGCAAGAAAGAAAAAGUUAACAUCAGAGCAUGUUCCAAUUCAAAGUCUAAAUCUGAAUCGACCGGCUGAUUAUUUCGAAAAAAGACGUAUGGAAAUACCUACAAUGAAAUUGGAAAAUUUAGUCAGUGUUUUAGAAGAGAGAAGAAUUAAUCCUAUAGCAGCACCACGAAAUAGAAUCAUCCAUGCUUAUGGCCUGCCUUAUUUGGGAAGAGUAAGAAGAGAAAUUACUUUAGAAGCUAUAACAAAUUUAAUACGUCAAAACGAUCCACUUUUCUGGGAUUUGUACAUGAUGUGUCGUUUAGCAGGUUUAUUUAGAAGUAUUAAGUAUCCACAAUCUUUUAUUUAUACUUUACUUGUUGAUGAAGAUCAUUGCUUUUUAUCGGAUGCAAACGAUGUUGAAGGUUUCGCAUAUAAGUUCAUUGAAGAUGAAUUUUGGCAAGUAGACGUAAAAGACCUGGAUAGUCGAAUAAGGCCAUUUUUAUCCGAAUUAAAAUAAUUUGAAUCAGAAAUCACAGUAAUCACUUCAUUUAUAAUGCCAUAAUUGUUUUGUUUAAAAUAUAUAUUUUUCAAACCUUACUAAUUUCCAAAUUGUUAAAAAAUGGAAUGUAUUUAAUAAUAAACAGUUUUUAUCGAGAUUAUAAAAA